AUGACCACCUCCAACGCCAUUAUCCUCGCCAACCCCCCGGUUACCACCAUCCAGCCUGACACGUUCAAGCUCGAGUCGGGCCGCGAGCUCGCUGCUCUUGCCGAUGGCGAGAUCCUCAUCCGCAUGGAGUACUUCUCCAACGACCCAGCUCAGCGUGGAUGGAUCCAGGCCAACUCGGACGCGGCGCGUGCUUACGUCAAGCCCGUGAGGCAGGGCGACAUUGUCCGUGCCAUGGGUAUCGCUGUCGUGCUUGACUCCAAGUCCACCAAGUGGAAGACUGGGGACAAGGUCGUCGGCAUGUUCGGUUGGUUCGACGUCGGUGUUGUCAACGAGGCUGCCGUCACCUCGGCCGCCAUCGAGCUCCCUGGCAUGCCCACUGCCACGCUCAGUGUCCUCGGAAUGGUCUCGGUCACCGCUUACCAGGGUAUCUUUGAGAUCCUCAAGGUCGAGAAGGAGCACGUCGUGGUCAUCAGCGGUGCCGCAGGUGCCGUCGGCUCUCUUGCCAUCCAGCUUGCCAAGCACGUUAUCGGCGCCAAGCGUGUCAUCGGUAUCGCCGGUGGUCCCGAGAAGUGCGCUUGGGUUGUCAACCACCUUGGCGCCGACGCCUGUAUCGACUACAAGGCUGGCAACCUCGAGGCUGACCUCAAGGAGGCGCUCAAGGGCGACUUCUGCGACCGCUACUUUGACAACGUCGGUGGCGACGUCUUAAACACCAUGUUCCGCAACGUCACCCGCCACGGCAAGAUUGGUGUCUGCGGUGCCAUCUCGGUGUACAAUGGCGCCAAGGCCGACCUGAGCAGCUUCACCCAGGUCAUCUCGAACAGGAUCCAGAUUGAAGGCUUCAUUGUCCUCGACAUGGUCCCCAAGUGGGCGCAGGCUGUUCAGGACCUUGCCAAGUGGAUCCAGGAGGGCAAGAUCAAGACCGACGAGGCCGAGCAGGUCGUGGACGCUCAGCUCAAGGACGUUCCCGAGGUGUGGCAGCGUCUCUUCCGCGGCGAGAACCGUGGUAAGCUCAUUACCAAGCUCGUCGAGUAG